AUGAUCUCCUGCCCCACUGGUAGCAUUCGAACUGAGCAGCCUCUUCGGAAGACAAGGGAGGUGCUUGAUGCUUUCCCCAUCCCAGUGCACAAGCAUCUUCCUCAUGUGUUUCAUCUGGGAUACCACAGUCCAAAGAGCUUUGGUGCAGCCAGCUAUUUCUUGACAGGCAAAGAGAAAGCACGCCCCUUCAAUGUUAUGUACGACUCGCCCCGCUACUCCUCGCGGCUGGCAAAAGUGUUGGAGUCUGCCGGCGGCGUCCAGCUUAUGGUCUUGAGUCAUAAGGAUGAUGUCGCCGACCAUGCUCGGUGGAAGGAGCGUUUCCCCGCAAUGACCCGUGUAAUGCACAAGCAGGACGUCCGGGGGCCAUUGUCCUGGCCCUACAUUGACAUGACUGAUGUAGAGAUGCAGUUAGAGGGUGAGGGGCCCUGGUGUGUAGCAGAGGGCUUGAAGGUAGUUUACACACCAGGCCACAGUUCAGGUUCCAUCACUCUCAUUGCCGACGGUGCACAGACUGGUGGAGAUGGUGUGGCGUUUACUGGUGAUCACUUGGCACUAAGCGGGCGCCUUGGCAGACUCGAUGGUUUCGCGCGGUAUUCCGAGGACACCGAGCUGCAGGCAGAUUCCAUGUUGAAGCUUGUAGCAGAGGAUGUGCUGUGGAUACUUCCUGGACAUGGGCGGCGAACGCGCUUCGAAAAUUCUGAUGGCCGCAAGAAGCAGCUACAGCAGGCCGCUGAACAGUAUCGCAAUGACCCUCGUGGUCAAAGUGAUUUUCAAGACUUUCUACAAGUGCGGCUGGCUCUUGCAAAUGAAUACAAAGAAGCUGUCAAACACCAGCGUCUACGAGCAAGCGGCUCCUGGGACAUUCAGGAUCCGACUUUGCGGCAAGAGUCAAGACGAGGACUGGGAUUGGGGCGAAUAAAGCUACGUCAGAACAACACGCGAGCCUACCUGGCAGCGGUGGUUAAUGAGCAGUCAAGGCAGCGACGGGAAGCCAACUGGGCGCCUAGCUUCCAGCUUGAUGAUGUCAAGCUGGCAGAAACGGCCCAAAGGAUCUCCAAGAAUGACGCAGAGUAUUCAAUCCAACGUGCACAGAGGGAUCACGAGGAUGUUUGCAAGGAGCUAGUGAUGUGCAAGAAAUUGGCGGAGCCGGAGGAUCCUGCCGAAGAUGAGCUUUUGGUGGAGCAGCCUGAGCAGGAGCCGAUCCCGCCAACGUCCGACGAUUCGGACGUUGGGUCUCCACAACAACGUGGUGAGGGCUUCGGCAUGAAGCGGGUACCCUCCGUUGCGCUUGUCGAUAGAGAGGAGGAGAAAUGCGACGAGGAUGACGACGAGGACGGUACGAGUAGUGUGGCCUCAGCGGCCUCGUCUGUAAGACAGCCGGACAAGACGAAAGGCUUUGGCCUUUCCAAAGAAAUUCUUCACGAUCACGGGCUCCGUGCCACGGGGCGUAAAGACGACGCAGUGUGCGAGAGCAACUCCAGGCUGGAUUCCAGGAGGACGAUGUCACAUACCGACUUGACAAACGUCAAGAGUUUGAGGUGA